AGUGACUGCCUCCGGAACGAAAAGGAAGUGGGAACUUCUCUGAAAGUGAAAGUAUGGGGUCCUGGUGGAGAGUAGGGCUGUGGGUGGGGCCGGGUGGGCCUGGCAGGCGCUGACCAUGGCUGGGAAGUCCCAGCUGUUGGUCACUCGCUCAGGCUGCUCUGGAGGCCCCAUGGCCAGGGCCCGGCUCUGAAGGCCCCACGGGCCAGCUUCUCAGGUGGCCGCGUUCUUCCUGGGCCAAGGCUGCGUGCUCAGCAGGAAAACCCAAGUGCUGUUGGGGAGGUUGGCCAACGACCGUCUAAGUGCUAGGCAAGAUUCUUAUGACUGAUCCGAGGAGGCAGCAUGGAGGGGGCCUGGGAAGGAGAGCAGCUCGGAGGCUGUGAUCAGGUGAAGGUGGAUGGCAGGCUGUGCUCAGGGGUGACGGGGGUAGAUGGACAGAGGCUGCCAGCCCAGUGCAGGAGGGCCACAUCAUCACAGGGACGGUGCUGAGUGCCCACUGAGCAGAUAGAUGGUGACGGCAGGUGGUGCAAGGCAUCUGAACCCUGAGGUCCUGAAACCCAGGUCAGGUUUGGAGAACAAACAGGGGCCAGGAAAGGCAAUGGCCGGAGGGGAAGCUGGAGGCUGGGCGUGCAGCCGGGAGGACAGAGAAGAGGCUGGGUGGGGUGCAGGUUGUCCGUGAACCCCAGGGGAAGCUGGUGAGGCGUCAUCAGCGGGAGGUGGGGGUGGAGGAAGGAGGUUCCAGGAUGGAUGCCCGGCUGUGGGGCUCGGGCAGGAGGGAACCACGGAAGGGCUUAAAGCAGGUGAGUGACCUGGCUGGACUUUUGCUUUGGGAAGGUCGAAAAUAGCUUGGGAAGCUGUUGGGAGCUGCAGGGUCGAAGGUGGCAUGGCUGGAGGCUGAGGGGCCAUCUGGGGACCUCACUGGCCCUUCAGCGAAGUGCUGGUUUGGGACAAAAGCAGGCUGAGUGGCCCCCAAGCCUCUGCCUAUGUAACCUCCUAAGAGAUUCACCGCACAGCUACCCCUCCUACCCGGCCUUCAUCUGGGCUUCCUGGGAGAGGACCUCCACAUCUGACCCCACUCUGGGACCUGCUGACACCUUGGGUCUCUCCGCUGGGAGGGGGUCUUCUGGGCGGCAGUUCUGACUCCCUGGGGGUGGAGACAUGGCAGGUCCUGCCUCUGCUCCCAGCUCCAAGCAGGCUCCCCAGCCUGAGGUGCGCGGCCAGGGGCAGACUCUGUCCCUCUGUGAGCCUCAGGUUCUUCAUCUGUGAAAUGGGCAAAUGACAUCCCCUAACUUUGUUGUCACAGUAGCUGAUCUGUGUCAGGCAUCAAGCUAGGCACACAGUAGGUGCUUGCUAAGUGUGAGCUCUUCCAAACAAGAAGGCGGGGCCUGGCUUGUCCUUCCCCACAUCCCGGACUCCGUCCCCUUGACAGCGGUGGAUGCAGCAUGUGCCGAACCGUUCUCUUCACAACACCCCUGCCCUGCUGGGCGCCAGCCCCCAUGCCAAGCAUGAAGGGGCACCAGGGAGAGAGAGGGGAGUGGAGGCUGGGACAGAUGGCGCCCUGAAGUGUGUGGGUCAAGUCCGAAUCAGCUGCUUAGCCGCCUCUGGGAACCUCAAGGAAGAUAGCUCUCCUGCUGCCAAGAUGCCUUCACCACAGACAGAGACUCCUGGGCCGGAGCUGCAGAGUCCCAAGGAGGCUGAGGAGCCGCAGACUCCAGCUCAGGGCUCCCGGCGAACAAGCAGCAGGAAAGAGCCCAAUGCCCACCGCAAGGAUGGCACAAGGCUGGGCCUGGGCUCCCUGAGGCAGGCCUUCUCCCGGGCCAGCCAGCGGGCUUUGACCCAGGUCUCCAAGGAGGAUACGGGCCUGUUCCGGCGAAGCUCCUGCUCCCUGUUCCGGUCCUUCCGGCAAGCCCUGGAUGAGGGCCCAGCUACCGGCCAUUCCCAGGCCACUCCUGAGGUGCCCUCGGGGGUCAUGAAUGGUGUCAACCAGCAGGCAUCCACUGGGGCAGCGUCUGAGGAACUGAAACCCGAGGCAGAAGGCAAAUCCGUGGCCGACCUCAUUACUGAACGGCAACUGCUGGCGGCCUUCGAACAGCUUCUGCGCCUGGAGACGCUGCUGGUGGCCGAGAAGGCCUCGCGCACCUUUGAGCAGGACCCUACGGCCUUCGCGCGGCGCGCUAUGGACGUGUGCCUGCAUUACGACGGGCUGGCAGCCGAGAUCCGCGCCAUCGUGCGCGAGACGCUGGACAGCGACGGCGUGGACGCGGCCGCGCUGGCCGAGCUGGCCCGCGUGGUGAACGCAGAGGAGGAGGCCCACCCUUCGCCCCCCGACGACGGCGACUUCCUGCGCACGCCGCGCCGCUGGCGCCAGCACUGGGAGGAGGCGGUGCGGCGGAGCGCUCAGGAGCGCGUGCGGCGGCCGGGCGCGGGGUGGGCCUCCGGGGAGGCGGAGGGCGCGUCGGGUUUGGCCCAGCUUCUGGCCGAGCUGGGCGGCUUGGUUCGCCGCGACCUGCAGAAGGUGCGGCAGGAGGUGCAGCCAGCGUAUGCGGCGGCCGGCUUCCCAGCGUGGGAGGUCUAUCUGCGUGCCUUCCACAGCGCCGUGGCCCAGCGCCUCCAGGAGCUCGCGCGCGACGCCCGCGGCUGCGAGCAGCUCUACGUCCUGCUGGACUGGGCCGCCAACGUCUACGGCAGUCCUGACUUCCUGGGCGCCCCGGGGCUGGCGCUGCCCGCCGAGCCGCUGCCUCCGCUCCUGGCGCCGGACGUGUGGGCCCGACUGGAGAGCGACUACACCAGCUUCCUGGAGGCCAAGAUCGCAAGCUGCUUCGACAGCAUCUUGCAGCUGGAGCAGAGUCACUGGGCGGCCGCCGAGGUCCCCGAGGUGCUGCAGGGCCUCUACCAGGCGCCGCUGUCCAUGGACGUCCACAUGCUCGUGGCCGAGCACGUGAAGGCGGCCGGCGCCAUCUCCGCGGAGCUGGAGGCCACCACCCUGCGAAUCUGCACGCGGGCGCUCGGCCUCUUCGUGCCCAGGUGCGGACGCAUCCUCAGUAGGGGAGCGACCUGGCCCGGUGUGCUCUGCAGGUUUGAAAAGGCUUUUCUGGCGUCGGAGGCGGUGAGCGAGCCGCACCUGGGCGCCUACAUCAACGCCUGCGAGGAGCUCAGAUUCCCAGGAACCCAAGAGGAGCUGGAGAAGCCCCUGGUGACGGCCACCUGCAGCUUCCAGAAGCACCUGCUUCAGGGCUUGCAGCGUGAGCUGCAGCCGCUCUUCAGGGUUGUGUGCACCAGGGACUGGCUGACGCAGGACUGGCUGCAUCCCCUCAUGGACAAGGUGGUGACCUUUGCCGGUCAUCUCCAGCGUGUGGCCCGGCCGCGGGCACAGGAGACUCUGCAGGAGGUGCACCGGUUCGUGGUCCGCGAGUACCUGGCGCGGGCGCUGAGGCCACGGGAGCGGUUCCGGGGCAUGGAGCGCAUGCAUGGCUCCCAGAAGAUGAGCCGGGAUGCCCAGGCCAUCAGCGACACCUUCCAGGGCCUGGGUUCCGAGGCCACGUGGUUGGACCAAGCCAUCCAGUGCGUGGCCGAGAUCCUGGGCGAGACUUACAAAGACGACAUCCAGCGGCACCUGGAGACUCUCAUCCGGAGCUACCCUGACAUCAGGCGGGACCACAUACUGGCCAUUCUGGCGCUGCGCCGACUGGGCCGCCGGCGGAACCAGCAUCUCUUGCAGCACAGCCAAGACCUGCUGAGAGCUGCGGCCGGGGUGGCGGGUGCGGAGGCCCCUCGGGGCCACGUGCUCUUCGAGGAGAUCAAGGUGCCCAGUGCCGUGGCUGUGCUGAUCACCUGCGUCUAGUUCUCUCUGGCUCGAGAGGGGGCCGGCUGCCGGCAGGGAGCUGUGGUCAGUGGGGGUCAGCCAGGAGCCCAGGGAGUCACUCUGGGCCCUGCCCCCAACUCUGACACUGCAGUUAGGGAAUUUUUGUCGUCAGCAGCCAAGCACAGCUGUCAGGCCAGAAGGAGCGGCCGUGCAGGAGGCAUUUCAGGCAUCGUCGGGGGGAGUGUUUUAGGGCCGCAGAGCUCUCAAUGCUGCCCGUCAAGGGGGGCCUCCCGCCCGACUGUCCAGCUUCACCCUCCAGUCUGAAAGUGAAGAGCAGAGUAUUUAUUUAAAAAAUAAAUGUGAAUUGAAAUGGUGCCUCCCUAAGGAGUGGGCAGGGGAUGGGGGGCCUGGGUCCCGGUGUGCUGAAGGGCCAGGCCGGAGGCUUUCUGGUGACACUAUUUGGUGGGUGGCCCUCUCAUGCCCGUGGAAGCCAUGGGAAGACUGAGGCAGGUCCAGAGUAGGGAAGGCCCAUGCCUGUGGCUACCCCCACCACGGCCCGGAUCCACUGGCCUUGUGCCUGGUCAGCCUUGUCCCAGCCAAAGCAGACUCAGGGCUUCCUGGGGACAAAAAGAGGACAAGGCUGGUUCUG